AUUUUUUUUAUUUUCAAACUUUUUCUUCAGUGAGUUUGCUGGUUCAAGUACUCUAACGCUGAAGCUGAAUUAAUUUUGCCAACAAACUUGUAUAAUGGAGAGACGUUUUUGACAUUUACUCCAUAUUUGUGUCGUAUGUUUCUGGACUCAUCUCUUCAUCUGUUCUCUUUUUAACAGUCACAUCAGUCUUUAUACACAAUAAGUGAAACUGAACUAUUUGCCUGUUAUUUUCUUGUUAACUAGAUUGUGCCCCGACUUGCUCAUUUUGAUGUAAAUUACUAGUUUUGCUAAUAAUUACCCUAAGCAAUUAUCUACACCAAAACCAGAUGUGUUGUUGCACAACACUGAACUUGAUACAAUUCUUCUAAAAACAUGGGAAAAUAUUCAAAUGUCCCUUUCAAGGCCCUGUAGAGGCAAAGACAAGACAUUUUCUAACAUGAGUGGGGGGAAACUUACAUGUUUUCCUAACAGCCCUGCUAAAAAAGUCAAAGUAUUUUUGCAGCAGGAAUUUCUGAGAGGGUGUGGUCGCCGCGGGGCUGUUUGGGGGCUGGACAAAAACAAAGCCACUGCCACUUUCCAACCCUCCCACCCAGACUGCCCCUCUAUUUGUCUCCCUCUGCCUCCGUCUCUCCUGCUUUCCCCUGUUCAGCGAUCUGUUUUCGCUCUCUGCAGCAGGUCGCCCGGUGAUGUCACCAUCAGGAAGCCUGAGGUGACCUCCCGCCGUUUCUGUAGCGCGAAAACAGGGGCCGGGACUCGCCGCGCCGUCUCAUUAAGGGAGUUAAAAACAGAGCGCCGAUCCUCUCCGGUCAAAAACCGCUUUCAAAUAAGGACGCCGGCACACUCAAAGUCUGAGGUUGUUUCUCUCUUUUUUUUUUUCCCGGAACAUUCUUGGCCGCUCCGCAAAUGUCAUAAAACCCACUUCAUUAAAAGAUAGCAGUCUACUUAAGUAUUUUAAGCAGCAUUUACAGCACGCCAUUAGGUAUCCCGCUCCGGCGAACUGUACUUUCAGAGACGCAUCGGGUUGUGUUUCUGCGCCCACGCUGGACGAUGACUCAUUACACUAACAGGCCGACUCAAAAUGUAAGCUUUAAGUGUUUAGAUUUGAGGCGAGUGUGUCGGGAGAAUUUUAAAGCUGCUGGUGAAACACGGGAGAAAAUGAAAAUAGUAUCAAGUAUGAGAGUCAGAUCGUCCGGGAAAGAGAAUAUUUUUUUGAUUGAUUGAAUGAAUCCAAAACUGUUGAGACGUUUGCCUCAACAUACAUACACUUGUCAGCUGUAACAAGUAAAAAUGUUUUAAGGUUUCCCAUCAUUUUUAGGGAUGUGUUUGUGAGUAUUUCUUCCAGAAAUCCAUUUGGGUGGUCAGACACUGACGAGCAGCAAGGAUCCGUACGAAGAGCUGGAAACUGACUCGGAUGAAAUGGAAGCAAUAUGUGUAAGUGAGAGUGAUUGCUGGCAUGGGACACAAGUGAUACUGAUUAAGUGUACUUAAAACAGCUGUAGAGGGAGCUUGAAUGGAGGAGCUGGAAAACACCAGGAGAACAUGAGGUUCAGAGGAAGAACACCAAAACAAAACAAAGCGUGACUGAGCACCAAACGAAAGUCUGAGGCUGAGAGCUAGAAAGCAACAGGUGCAGCUAGAAAAGCAAAAAGGUAUGUAGAGAAGUGCAAAGCAUAAAAAGACUACACUUGAAAACCAACACAAAGAACAUAAAGUACAAAACAAAGCUUUCAGAAUGAGCCCAAUGUUCAUGACAGACCAGGAUAAGCAUGUCUACAUGGACCUUUUUGCAUUGUAACAGGAGCUGCGUCUCCAUUACAAACGUCCACAGAACUUUGUCGAUAUCCUGCUAAUGUCGAAAACACACAAUUGCGCAAUUGCAAUUAAAACCACACAAUAAGUCCUGCCAUGCCAUCCUCCUCCUACCACUUCCUGUUGUCGUCUUCGUCUUUCCACCAGCAGUAACGACUGCUUGUUGAUCACACGACUCAUGUGAUUCGCGAAAAAAUGUUUCCAUCGCAGUUAUUUCGAAACAGCUGAAAAACUCACCUCGUCCUCGUGCGUUAACCUUUUAUUAAAAACCUUGACUCCCCGUCCAUGUUUUUUUUUUUUAAAUUGGUGUGUUUCCAUUAAGCAAAAUUAGUUUCGUAAUUCCAAUUUCCACAAUUAUUCGGUCAAUGGAAACGCAUCUAGAGUCAUGUUGGAACAGGAAAGUGUAAUCCGCAAACGGGUUCCACGCAAAAAAAUCCCCUCCAACCAAACAACAUAAUGGUCUCCGCCCACCUAACUUUACACUGGGCACAAUGCCGUCACCAAGCAAGGUUUAUCUGGCAACCGGCAGACUCAUCCAUCAAAUUUAGCCAGAUAGUGGAGCGCGAUUUAUCAUACCAGGGAACAUGUCUUCGUGCUUCACGCCAUUAUAUUGGACACUUUGUACUGGACUUGGCAGUGUAAUGCUUGGAUGGUCGAGGAAACCUAUUCCACGAAUCUCUCUAGACUUCUGUCCCCUUCAGUGUUCUGUUGUUUUAGGUGGCCUACCACUCAGUGGCUGAGUUGUUGCUGUUUGCAGAAGCAGUCUGCAAACCUACGUGAAUUUAAACACUGGUUGCCAUGGUGUUGACUGACACAGGUAGACUUCAUUCCUAAUGUUGCAGUUCAUGCAAAGUGAGGUGCAGGUACACCACCUGAUUGACCAGCAUUCCUCAACACUGUUGCUACUUUCCCCGCAGCCACAAGUGUUGCUUAAAAUGUCAAAACAAGCCUGUCAAACUUUCCUGUAUUUUAGUAUCACAAGCAUCUUCUCGAACACAUGAUUUACGGUUUGUCUCUCAUGACUGAACAAAGGAGAUGUAAUCUUUUCCAGUUUUCCCAUCUCCUAUUAUCAGCCGUUUUCAUCAGCUUGUGCAACGUCUUAAAGGUGAUAUGCUGAACGAAACGAUUGUUACAAAAGAGUCAUGUGAUGAAAGAAAAAAAAGAAUCAAUCAACAUCUUAGGAUAAAGGCUGCUGCUAAAAAGGGAUUCCUGCCAGAAACAUCCCCACAUUUUGAAAUGAAAAUGAAAGCAAGCUUCUGGUGAAAGAGUUGGGAUCAUUAGGAAAAUCAAUGCAUAUCCGUCAGAGGAAAUACAAAGGCUUGGCACCAUUUAAGCAAAUUAAUAAGUGAUCCCUUUGGACUCAUAAGCACAACAUGUCCAAACAAUGGGCACCUAAUUUCAAAACAACGAGUGCGGCUGAUAGUUACGUAACAGAAGCUCUCUUAUCGAAGUAAACACCAGAUAAGCUCUCUGUCAUUAUGUUUCUCUAGGCUGUAGAGAGGCAUCACUGUAUGCGUUACACUGCUGCAGAAAUUAGGCUAGACGUUAUGAGGUUGGCUUUUUGGUUCUGUCCUUAAAACAGAAAACCAGCUAGCUUUAAGGGAAAGCUGCAUAGAGACACUUAAGGAAGCAAUGUUCUUCUGUUGCUCCUCAAGUAGUCAUUGGUUUGCCGAUAAGUAACAAAGGCAGCAUUUCAGUGAAGAACUUAAUUGUGAAAAUAGGAUUACAAAACAUGAGUGUGAAUCAAAAUGCUAACGCUUUUGGCCAAUGACUGCUGGAGAUUGGCACCAGCUCUGAGGAAACACCACAAGGAUGGGCAGUAAAGGAAACAGGAGUUCAGCGAUAUGUUACGGCUCUUUGUGGAGCAGCGACGGGGUGGGAGGAGAGGAGCAGCAGAAGGCGGAGGAGGACACACUGACAGGACGCUCUGGUGAGUUUGGACAAAACUGUAGGUUGGAGCAGAAAGUAACAGAGCAAUCCAAAAGAAAGUCCAGCAUAUGGCCUGUCUCAGCGAGACACUUCGUCCUGAACCACAACUCCCCCUUAAAUCUGUGGUUUUCCCUGUUUUCUCGGAACACACAUGCGCUCCCUGCAUCCUUUGCUCAGGAAAUGAACAGGAUAGAGUCAAAAAGAAACUAAAGAGACUUUGCUUUUGAUGGCAAACGUGACAGGGAGCAAUCCUGAAAUCCCUAAAUCCCAGCGGCUGUGUGGGUGUGCAUCAUUACAUAUGUGACGUGUUGUCCAUUACGUCAUGUAAAUUACAGUCUCCCGAAGGCCAGACUUACUAAAUCACCAAGGUGAUUUGGUCAAGAGGGUUGAAUCAACAUUACAUCUCGUCUUAUGCCUACAGGGAGCAAAAAUGUUUUCAUAGAAACCCUGAGUCUGUAUCUCCAAAGGAUAACGGACAUUUAUUUACAGGCUCUUGACAGCAGAUAAAGUACAUUUUUAAAAUAGGCUCAGUAAUUUGUUACUGAAAACUUGCAGGAGAAAUCUGCCUGCAUGUUUUUUGGGAAGCAGAGGUUUGUUUUCCAAUAAAAUUCAACACCAACUAGUGCUGAAAUUUACUCUUCAGUCAUGAGUUCGAUACAUUUUAGAAGCAGUGAGUGUUUUCGAGGAUUAGUUUAGAAAUUCAACAAGUUUGUUUCCCAUAGCAGGUGAGAUUAAAGUUUGCACUAGUGUGCCAUCUAGUGGUCUUUGAAUGUAUUGUCUUAUGCAAUCAAGCAACAAAUUAACCAACCAAAUUAAGAAGAAACAAAUCCUACUGAAAGCAUGUCCAGAUAGUGUACUGUGUGUAAACUCAGUACUUGAGGCCGUUGAGGCUCCUUUUUGUGUUUGUACCUGCUGCAGCACAGCUGCCUUCGUCUCCUCUGUGUUUUAAAAUGUCCUGGUUGACUACUAAUAAAGAACAAUGAAGAAUACAAGAAAAGCAGUGGUCAGACACCAGCGUGACGUGGCUCCCCAGAUGAUCACUGAGUAUGGAAAUUUCACACUGGACCUCCAGCAACUUGGAUUUUGUGCCAACCCACUCCCCAGAGUCUGAAACAUUGAUUUUUCAAAUGGAAUGCAAGAUGUACUUUUAUCUGACCGGACUUUGGACCACUAGACUGAAACCACUGUUUCGUCCUUCUAUGUAUUAUAUACAAUAUGUGCCUAUAGCUAUAAGAUAUAGAAAUUCAGUGAAGUAAGACAGACCGAAGUUUAUUCAUAUUUCUUUUGAUAUUCCAAAUAUUUUGGAUGCAUCUGUAGAUCUGCCCUGUCUCAGUGUAGCUGAACUUAUUACCCUCUGCAUCAUCUCCAAGGAUCAUUUUUCACCGUCUCUACUGCGUACUUCCUUGUAUUUCCUGUCUUGUCUGGCGAAUUUGUGAGGUCAGAAGUUUAGGUGAAAACCAAUCCUCCCUCGGGAAGUACUGUAGUCACAAAAGUACAGGCAGCUAUUUAAAAACUCCUCGAUAAUGACGAGGCACGGCUGGAAUCCUGGACCGACGCUCUUUCGUUGGAAACGUGCCUCCAUUGCUCACAUGUAUACAUUUACACAACCACUGAACAACUUACAAAAAGACAAAUUUAAUCCUUUAAAGAAUAUAUUCUGUUCAAUUCUUUUCCUCUGUCAGGUUGAAACAACGUGCUCCUGUGUGUCUUUCUCCAAAUCCAGUGUUUAUUAAUAAACCUAAACAUGUCUGGGGUCGUCAUGGUCACACAUAGCAGCACAGUGAGUGUGAGGGAAGAAGGAGGUCGGCUCAGCUGUCUUUUUCACCCUCCCCUCCUCUUAGAGUUCAUCCGCACCCCAUUCUCCCGCUCAUUCCCCAACUGCUCAGCUCUCUUUUGUCGUCCAACUACAAACUGUCCAACUCCUUCCACACAUUCACCAUCAGGAGACGCUACACUGAAAAAGGACCUGGGAUAUAUAUGCUAAUUUUAUGAGACACCAAGCAAGGCACUGACAGCAGAGGAAGACAUAUGUUAGGGUAACCUGGCUUCACAACUCAAUGGAGCGAUGCAGCGUUGACAGGCACUGAUAUGACCACAGGACUUAAGGGUUGUUGCAGGACCUAAAGGAGAUCACUUCACCAGAACAGAGUAAAAGAAUUUGGCUAACCCAAUGGAGGACCAAGAAGAGGACUUAUCUACUGGAUUUGGGCCACUCUUUAUCAGAGAAGAACAGGGGGAUACAGAUGGAAGCAUCGUGGAACAGAGUGAUGGUAACCAAAACCCCAAAGGGCAAAACUUCACUGGAAAACCGGGUAAACAACCAAUGCCAUACCUACAGGAAAUGGACGUCUUACUGAAAAGUUGUGAAAAGCUUACAGGUAUUCCUUUUAGAUCACGCCACAUUGAGGGUUACUCCGAAGCAAGUCUGAGUAAGUCCAGUUGGAAUCGAGGCAAAGAGGAGAUCCGAACAGAAACCCAUGUCGAAGCAAGCAGUUCUCCUCAAGAUAGCAGUUCCUCCUGCUACAUUGACACACAUAUGGACCGGACUGAAACAAAAGCCGAACGGGCAGAAAGCCAAAACUUAGGCACAAUAAUCCACAGGCACGGGACGUCUUAUCACUCAGAGAUGCCUCUAUCCUCAGUUGGCAACAACCUGUGUGCCAGCAUGGUGGAGUGUGAGGGCCAGCUGUUGGGGAUGUUGGCCAUGCUUGAAAGUUGCAUGGAGGAGGCUGGCAUGGAGUUCGAGCCACAAGAUCGGGCAGCAGACGCAGGCCAAGACUAUGUGCACAUCCGAAAGGAUCCACAACAUCCUACUGGUACAGCCCAGACCGAGGAUCAGCCAGAGAGCCAAACACUGUUGCCAGUGAAUGCUGAUUCUUUUGGCAAAGGCAAUAAUGCUUCAGAGGCUGGUGAGAUUGGAGAAGCAAUAAAUUCAGCAAGAAAAGGAAGCCCACAUGAUCAUUUGGUUGGUUGCUCAAAGGAGAGACCAGAGAGGCAAAGUAAUCUUGUAGUAGAUCAGAGGCCUGACUUCUUGUUUUCAGAUCUGCAAGUGCCUCUGGAGCAAGCAAACCAAGAUCCAAAGGUCUGUGGGGAAACAAGCACUGGACAAAGGUUCAAUGAAGAGAUUGAGACUAUAGAAGACAUUGCCAAAGCAGGAAUAGAUGACAUAAACAUGACUGAAGAGAGAUAUAAAACGGAUCUUGAGUCGGACAUGAAUAGAUUGAGGUCUCAGAUGGAGGACUGCAUAGAGGAGGUGCAGCGGUUGGAGAAACGGAGGAAGGAGUUACUGUUGGAGGUGCUGCAGCUGAGAGGGCCCAGAGACGAAGAGGAUGUGGAAAGGGGAAGCAGGGACGAAGAGGAGACCGAGGAGUCGAUUGACAGGAAAGCUGUGGAGCUGUUCACUAUUCUCAGGGCAGAAGAGGAGGGAAGGCGAGAGGAGAGAAAAAGGGAGAUUCAAGGCCUCAGGGAAGAGAGGGCAGAGGAAGAGAGGAAGACAUGGAAGGUGAAUCUGGAGAGACAGGGACUGCAAGACGAACUCAGGAGGCUGAGGAGGAAGCUGUUUACUGUGGCAAGGGACUGUGCCCAGAGUCAGGCAACACUAAACAAUCAGCGCUGUGAUGUGGAGUUACUGAAGACGGAGGAGGAAAAGUUGAACUCUUUGGUGUUGCAGCUGACAGAGGAGACUUGUCAACUCAGAUCAGACCAGCAGGAACAAGUGUUGGAGCUAGAAGCAGAGCUUCAGCGCAGAAGCUCCGGCCAGACCUCCAACCCUCAGGAGGACCUGACUGAGUGCAGGAGGAAUUCCUGUGAGGACGUCCAGCAGUACGUCCAGGGUGGGCUGAAAGCAUUGGAAGACAGAUACGAGCCCAUUUUGGAGGCACUGCUGAAGAGAAAAGAGGCAGCGGCUGGUGCCCUGCUGAAAGCCAAAGAGCAGUCCCAGGAGCUGAGGGUCCAGGUCAAACCUCUGAGGGAGGAGAUUCAGAAACUGGAGCUGGAGAGGACCUGUUUGGAGGAGAGACUCAAACUGACCUACAUGCAGAGGCAGGAGGAUGCAGGUCGCCACAAGGAAGCUGUGCGUUUUCUGGAGGAGAGAAUCCGAGAGCUGAGGACAGAGCUGGAGAUUCAGAAGAGAAAAACAAAGGACCUGGAGGAGUUGAGAGAAAACCUCACCAAGCAGCUCCUGCUUUACAGGACACCGACUGAAGUCCACCACAGCUGUGAUCAGCAAGGAAGAACAUGAUGAUGCUUUUCUUUUUGGUUGGAAAACAGCCUUGUCAUUUGUGUUGUAAUUUUGAAUUUGCAAAAGAGAGUGAGCUUCAUAGAUUUCAAGUACGCACUUUACCCAAAUUGUUUGCCUGUAAAGUAGGACGCGCCAUGCAGGAAGGUUUCUGUUUCGAAUAAAGGCCUGGUGUUUCUAACA